AUGGAAGUCGAAGCGGCGCCCACGCCGCCGCGCAGGCUCUCCCGCCAGGAAGCCGCCGCCGCCGCCAUCAAGGACACGGCGGUGCUGGAGCAGCUCGGCCACAAGCAAGAGCUCAAGCGCAACUUUUCCAUGAUUUCCAUGCUGGGCCUAGCUUUUGCCAUUCUCAACACCUGGACCGCGCUGGCCGCCUCCAUCACGCUCGCGCUGCCGUCGGGCGGCUCCAGCGCCGUCAUCUGGGGCCUCGUGGUCGCCGGCCUGCUCAACCUGUGCCUGGCCGCCUCGCUCGGCGAGUUCCUCUCGGCGUAUCCCACCGCCGGCGGCCAGUACCACUGGGUGGCCAUUAUCGCGUGGAAGCGCUGGGCCCGCGGCCUCAGCUACGCCACGGGCUGGAUCAACGUGUCGGGCUGGAUCGCUCUGACGGCCACGACGGGCCUGCUCGGCAGCACCUUUGUCGUCAACAUUAUUUCACUGCUGCACUCAGACUAUGAGCCUAAACCGUGGCAUCAGUUUUUGAUUUACAUUGGAUUCACCCUGGCGGCGCUAGUCAUCAACGCCUUCUUAACGCGCAUCCUGCCAAUGGUUACGCAGGCCGGAUUCCUGUGGUCGCUGGCAGGCUUUGUCAUAAUCAGCAUCACGAUUCUGGCUUGCUCAUCGGGCGACUAUCAGAGCGGCGAAUUUGUGUACACCCAAUUCACCAACGAGGUUGGGUGGCCUGAUGGUCUUGCCUGGAUGCUGGGACUCUUGCAGGGUGCUUUUGCACUGACGGGAUUCGAUGCCACCGCUCACAUGAUAGAAGAAAUCCCGGACCCCCAGCGUCAAGGGCCUAAAAUCAUGUUGUACUGUAUCGGUAUUGGCAUGUUCACCGGCUUCAUCUUUCUCACCUGCCUUCUUCUCGUCACCAAGGACAUUGACGCCGUCAUCAAGGCACCGUGGGGACCCCUCCUCCAGGUCUUUAUGGAUGCUACCAACAGCAAAGCCGGUAGCGUGUGCAUGCUGAUUUUCCCCAUUGUCUGCAUGCUGUUCACAGCCAUCACCAUCAUGUGCACCAGCAGCCGCAUGAGCUAUGCCUUUGCCCGAGAUCGCGGCAUGCCGUUUUCUAGCGUCUUUGCCAAGGUGCAUCCCACGCUCGACGUGCCGCUCAAUGCACUGAUUUGGACUGCGGCAUGGGUAAUCAUUUUUGGGUGCAUCUUCCUGGGCUCGAGUAGCACCUUCAACGCCAUCACCUCGGCGUCUGUUGUUGCCCUGGGAGUGACUUAUGCCAUCCCCCCUGCUAUAAACGUUCUUCGUGGGCGUCGCAUGCUGCCCGAAGAUCGUCCGUUCAAGAUUCCAGAACCGUUUGGCUGGAUCCUGAAUAUUAUUGGAAUUCUUUGGUCCAUACUCACCACGGUUCUGUUCGUCUUCCCACCCGAGCUUCCCGUUACUGGCAGCAACAUGAAUUACGCCAUUGCUGCCUUUGGAAUCAUCCUUCUCAUUGCCGGAGGAACGUGGAUCUUUGAUGGCCGCAAGAACUACCAUGGACCUCAAUUAAAUAUUGAAGGCCUAAUGCAAGGAACAGUGGAAGGUAUGGACCCUACAGAAGAGAAAUCGGAUCAUAGUCCAAGCAACGGAAAGGAAGAGUGGGUGUCCUAG